CCUCUGCGAUCGGUUUGACGAAGCGCGUCUCGUUUGUGUUUCAGGAGCCUUGUCCUAAGAAAGCCACGUUGGCUAAAGUCGUCCCGACCCCAAAUAACGGAUCGGCGGAGCUCGUGCCGCUCCACAGAGACCAGGGUGACGAUGGGCAGGAAGCUCUUUCCUUUGAGUUUCAAAAAAUUAAAUAUUCCUAUGAGCUAGACGGCAAGAAACAGUUUCUCCCCGUAGCUUUCCCCGUGGAACAUCCCCUUUGUUACUACCAGAACGCCCGAGGCUAUCAGGAGGACAAAGAUAUCCGAGCGGCCGAGAAGAAAUACGGCACAAACAAGGCUGAGAUGGUGGUGCCGGAGUUCUUGGAACUCUUUAAAGAAAGAGCCACAGCUCCGUUCUUCGUCUUUCAGGUGUUCUGCGUGGGUCUGUGGUGCCUGGAUGAGUACUGGUAUUACAGCGUCUUCACCCUCUCCAUGCUGGUUGCUUUUGAAGCUUCUCUGGUCCAGCAGCAAAUGAGGAACAUGUCGGAGAUUCGAAAAAUGGGCAACAAGCCCUACAUGAUCCAGGUUUACCGAAACCGCAAGUGGCGCCCCAUUUCCAGUGACGAGAUUAUCCCGGGAGAUAUCGUUUCCAUUGGCCGAUCCCCGCACGAGAAUCUGGUGCCGUGCGACGUGCUGCUGUUACGCGGAAGGUGCAUCGUGGACGAAGCUAUGCUGACGGGAGAGUCCGUGCCGCAAAUGAAGGAGCCCGUGGAGGAUCUGAGUCCGGACCACGUCCUGGACAUGCAGACAGAUUCCCGUUUACACGUCAUCUUUGGGGGAACCAAAGUGGUGCAGCACAUCCCGCCGCAGAAAGCCAGCACGGGAUUGAAACCUGUCGAUAACGGGUGCGUGGCGUACGCUCUGCGGACCGGCUUCAACACCUCCCAGGGGAAAUUACUCCGUACAAUCCUCUUUGGGGUGAAGAGAGUGACAGCCAAUAACUUAGAGACCUUCAUUUUCAUCCUCUUCCUGCUGGUCUUUGCCGUUGCUGCCGCCGCAUACGUCUGGAUCGAAGGUACGAAGGAUCCCAGAAGGAACCGGUAUAAGAUUUUCCUGGAGUGUACGUUAAUCUUGACGUCGGUCGUUCCGCCCGAGCUUCCCAUCGAGCUCUCGCUGGCUGUCAACACCUCCCUCAUCGCCUUGGCCAAGCUUUGUAA